UAUUUCGACUCUUUGCCUGGUAUUUCAAGCGAAGACAUUGAGAAAUAUGCCGGUUCUGUAGCCCUUGCAGAUUAUUGUCCUUAUUUGCAGGAGUUUAGCUGGACCAAUGAAAACAAUGUCCCCGUGAGGGGAUCCAACUGUGAGGACUCUGAGAACAACUUAGAUCCAGCCAAUAAUUUUUUUGGAGAGACCUACGGGGAGAGAAGUUUAUGCUUUGCACAUGCUGGCAAAUGGUUUCUGCAUCGCUGUGCUUUAGUCAAGAGUCCUCAGCAUGCAGGCAGCGGAUGCUAUGAGUUCAGCUGUAUAGCUGGAGUGGGCCUGGUCAUCAAGGCCCAGAACCAGACGUACAGAUGUUACAAGCAGCAGCAGGUCCUUAAUGUGGUCUUUCAUUCUUCGAAGUACAUUCAUCAGGGAACCAUUGUUUGUCCGCCAUGUGAUGAGAUUUGUAAGCAUGAGGGGGUGGUCUGCCCAGCUGACAGAGAGCCACCAGCCGGCACUCAACUUCCACAAUUUGACAACACAUUUUGUAGAGGUUGUUGUCAGUCAUCACAGCAACACAGGGCAUUGUUUCUUGUUUCAGUUUUAUGUUAUGUUCUGUCCAGAUAG